UUGUUCAGCUCCUCUUUCCUUUUCCUCAAGCGAGGCGCAAGACAAUUAAAAGGGGGAGGAGACCUUAGUCGAUCUUAUUUCCUAUAGGCGGCUGCUGGAUACAAAGACUACAGAAUCAAUCUCCCAAUUCUUUGAGUGAAAGAGCAACGUCGAGCACACUUGAAGUAUGGCUACCAAAACUAUAAAAAGGAGGCUUCAUCACGGGGAUGGUGAUGAAAGAAGAAAUGAGUAUCUGGAGGUGUCAGGAUCAGAUACCACAGAUGAACCUCUUCUUAGGGAGUAUGAUCGUGUUGCAAGUCACCCUGAGGGGGAAAAUGAACGAAGACACCUGCAAAGUAUUCAAAAUAAUAAAAAGGAGUCUAUUUGUUGGUCCCGUAUUUUCUCCCUCUUGUGUACUCGAUGUGCAGAUUGGAUAGCAAAUAUAUGUUCUGCUUCUUGUGAACUUUUGGCAAGGUUGAUUUCUCUUCCCUCUAGCAGUCAAAACAAGUUCAGUAAUGAAAAGGUUCCUAUGCUCCUUAGUUCUUUGCAGGAAGAAAGACUGAGGAAUUUAAGGCAGAGGUUGGAGGUUCCAUUUGAUGGUUCUCGUUUGGAUCAUCAGGAUGCCUUAAAACAACUCUGGAGGUUGGCUUUUCCUCAUCGAGAACUUCCUCCUCUCAAAUCGGAGUUAUGGAAGGAGAUGGGUUGGCAAGGUCCUGACCCAUCAACAGAUUUCAGGAGUGCUGGAUUUAUCUCCUUAGAGAACCUUAUAUUUUUGGCCGAGAAGUAUCCACAAUCUUUUCAAAGACUUCUACACAAACAAGAUGGAAAGAGGUCUGAAUGGGAAUACCCUUUUGCUGCAGCUGGCGUCAAUGUAUCCUUCAUGUUGACUCAAAUGUUGGGCCUGAAAUCUGGCACUACUUUUUCAAGAACUGGAGCUCGAUUCAUUGAAUUGCUUGAAGCUGAUGAGAUGGCCUUCGACAAUCUCUAUUGCGUAGCUUUUCAGUUGCUCGAUUCAAAAUGGGUUUCAAUGCAUGCUUCUUAUAUGGAGUUCAAUGAAGUCCUAAAAUCUACAAGAACACAGCUUGAGCAUGAGCUUGGUUUAAAAGAUAUUUCCAGAGUGGAGGACCUGCCAGCAUACAGUGUGUUAAAUCGGUAGCACAUGGGAGUGCCUAAAGUCUCUCAUCAAAAUAAUCUGCCAGUUGUUAUCCAACAUUGAAAAUAAAUCAUGUUAUCUAAUUUUCCUGAAAAUGACCAUCUUGAAUGUUACAUCCAGGCUUGUAAACGUAAACUAUCAGUGUGUUUUAUCGAUAGUAAAUCGAAACACACCAUGCUAAGAUGCGCCAAGAUGCCUCUUGUUGGUCCUUGAGAAAAUAUUGAAGCUUUUGUAAGGCGAGUAAACCAUCUUCUCAAUUUUUUUGUUUGUUGAUGUCUUGCAAGAAAAUUCAAAUCAGAAGAGGAGGAGGGAGGGGGGGGAUUGUGCACAUAGUUGUUACUCCCUCAAUUGGUCAGUCAUUCUUAAUGUUUUGUUGAACCAAAUGAAUGUAAAGCUUGUGCUUUUGGAAAACCCCGGCUCAGUGGAGAAAUAAAGAUUGAUGAAGGCUGUGCCGUAAAGGGUGCUUGUUUAUUUGUUACCAAGCAGAUGAGAUUUUAGGAGCAUGUCUGAAAAAAUUGUGUUUGGUAUGACGUUAUGAACCCAAAAUAUACGAAAACCUAACUGUUAAAUAUGGAUGUAAAAGAUAUAAAGAUUUUGGUAUCAAUGUGAUUUUUUUAGUUUAAUUC